AUGAACCAAAGCUACAGCUACACAGGCCAAUCCGGGCAACCGGGUAGCUCGCAACAAACCGCGUCUCAAGCCUCCUACAGCAGCAUGGCGAUGAGGGGCCUGGAUGACAAAGCUUCCGCUUAUACCUUUCAACCCACUGGCGCCUCUUACUCGGCGGCAGCCGGCCAGCCAGGCAGCUCUUCCACUGCCAGCUAUAUUCCGGGAUAUGGCCAAACUGAACUUCGACUCGUGAACUCACAUGGAGAACAUGGCGAACACCGCUAUAUCAUUAACCAGCCGGGCAGUGAGGACAAAUUGACGGCUCUGAUCGACUCAUAUUUUGUGGAUGUCCCUUCGCAGCAAGGCCAACAAUCCUCCUGGAACCACGGUCAGCAUUCGGCACAGAGCUACUUGGGCCAGCCCGGCACCAUCAAGGACGUGAUGGGAAAACUGGUCGCCGGCGUGCCUGAAUUGUCGGAAAAGGAGCGCGCGAAAAAGGAGCGCCAAGCGGAAGCCGCCCGACUACGCUACCACGCCCUCUCCGCCGACAAGAAGAAAGAACUAAACGCAAAACGAACAGAAGCGCAACGACGGAAACGUCAGCGCGAAAAGGAGCUCGAACAGCUCGAAGAUAUCCUCCGCCAAACCAACGAUAUCCAAGAGGACCCCGAUAUCACCGAGCAGCUGCGCGAGAAACGGCGGCGCGCGCGAUGGGCCGAGGCGGCCAGGCUGAGGUACCAGAGAAUGACCCCGGAGCAGAAGGCAGAUUGUAACGAGCGUCGAAAGAGGCGCGAGCAUGAGAAGGCCUUUAACGCCUGCAAGGCACAAGGCCUUGUCAUCGGCAAUGACCCGAUGAAGGACAAUGACAUCGUCGUCGAGUUUAUUAAGACGAAUAAUAAGAAGAAAGCGGAAGCCGCGAGGAAUCGAUAUCACUCCAUGUCAAAUGAACAGAAGCGCGCUUAUAAUCAGAAGCGGACCGAUGCUUUCAGGAGAAAACGCCUUGAGGAAGAAAUGCUGCUAACGAUGCCGAUCGGCCGCGUCUCCGGCGAAGUAUUCGACCGCGCCCAGCAGAUUGUCGAGCGCAACCGGAAACGAGCCGAAGCAGCCAGACUUCGCUACCAGCGAAUGACGCCCGACCAACGAAAGAGGGCCGCCGAAUCCGCUCGCUCCCGCUAUCAGAGGAUGUCGGCCGACCAGCGGAAGCAAUACAACCAGAAGCGCUACUCGCCGAAGAAGGGCGGCGGUCCGGAUGAGCCAAAGACGCACGAGCCGGACUUUAGCACCGUCGAGGGGGAUUUUGAUGCGUUGUCGUCGAUCGAGCGGGAUGUGAUGAAGCGAACGCAACAAGCCCAGCAGACGCUUCGCCGCAAGCAGUUGGAGGACACGCAUCUGCCGCAUUCACACCGAAUGCUCGACGACAGUGGAUCGUCAGCCACGUACGUUCUCUCGAGCCAACCGCAACUCUCCAAAAUCGGCCACCAGCAGCCGCAGACUUUGGCCCAAUUGAAGCAGGGCACCUCGGUGCAGCACGUGCUCGGGCAGCAGUCCUCGUAUCCGGGAAAUAUCGUCGUCAUCACGGCCCCGUCCACCACUACCUCUAACCCCUAUGCCCAACAUAGAACG